GUGGGCUGCGGGCUUUGCACGUCUCCCCUCCCUGGGUGAGGUUUCCCCCAGUGACGCUGGGAUGCCGGAGGAGGCGGCGAGGCUCGCUCCUCGCUCAGUCCGGGACGGCCCGUUACAGUGAGAACUGGCUGGAGUCCGGGCGCCCCCGCCCCCGCCUGCUGGGCACUGGGACGCCGCUGGGGGAGCCAGGAGGGGGAGCAGAGGCGAGCUGCGCAGCGCUGAAGCGAGGAGGUGAAAUCCCCCCAGCCCCGGGCUGUCACCGGGCGCAGCGAGCUCCGGGCAGCGCCUCCACUUCCAGCCCCGGUCGCCUCUGCGAGGGGGCAGCCGCCGCGGGGACCAGCGCGGCUGAACCACAAAGGGCUCUUUGUGCAGCGGCCGGGCGCCCGCCUCCCGUCUCCCUCGCAGGCGAAACAGAACCGGAGGGAGCCCCGCGGGCAGCAUGGUCCGCACCGGGGCAGUCAGGGGGGCAUCAGCGCAGCGGCGGGGCGCGGCGAGCUCCCUGCUCGCCCUGCUGGCGGCUUCCUCGCUCCUGCCCCUCUAUGCAGCAGGUGAAAUGGAGAUACCAGAUUCCAAUGAUCCUCUGAGUCAAGUGGAUGGACAUGACAGGCAAAUUCCAACACCUAAAGGUUACUUUCUGACCUUUCUGGAACCAGUCAACAAUAUCACCAUAGUCCAGGGCCAGACAGCAAUUCUCCAUUGCAAGGUAGCAGGAAAUCCUUCCCCCAACGUCAGAUGGUUAAAAAAUGAUGCACCAGUGGUUCAGGAGCCAAGAAGGAUCAUCAUAAGAAAAACAGAUUAUGGUUCACGGUUAAGAAUCCAAGAUCUCGACACUACUGACACUGGGUACUAUCAGUGUGUAGCUACUAAUGGAAUGAAGACAAUAACUGCGACAGGAGUUCUUUUUGUAAGGCUUGGCCCAACAAACAGCCCGAAUCACAAUUUUCAAUCACCAGUGUUACAAUGGCUCUGGAGCUGAUUAUAGAGGGACCAUUAGUGUCACCAAAUCAGGCCAUAACUGUCAGCAUUGGAAUUCCCAGCAUCCUCAUAACCAUGAUCUGACAAGCACACAGUUUCCAGAGCUAGGAGGUGGACAUGCAUAUUGCCGAAAUCCUGGAAGUCAGAUGGAUGGUCCCUGGUGUUUUACACAGAAUAAAAACGUACGCAUGGAACUGUGUGAAGUACCGUCUUGUAGUCCACGUGACAACAGCAAAAUGGGGAUCCUCUACAUUCUGGUUCCCAGCAUAGCCAUUCCUUUGGUUAUUGCCUGCCUUUUCUUCUUGGUCUGCAUGUGUAGGAACAAACAAAAGGCAUCUGCUGCUACACCCCAACGUCGCCAGUUGAUGGCAUCUCCUAGCCAGGACAUGGAAAUGCCACUUAUUAAUCAGCACAAACAGACUAAACUUAAAGAGAUCAAUCUGUCUACUGUGAGGUUUAUGGAAGAGCUAGGGGAAGAGAGGUUUGGAAAAGUCUACAAGGGGCAUCUCUUUGGUACAACGCCUGGUGAACAGACACAAGCUAUUGCCAUCAAAACACUCAAAGACAAAGCAGAAUUGGCUCUUCGGGAAGAAUUCAAACAUGAAGCAAUGAUGAGAUCACGUUUACAGCACCCAAAUAUUGUCUGCUUGCUGGGAAUAGUGACAAAAGAACAGCCCAUCAGCAUGAUUUUUAGUUAUUGUUCCCACAGUGAUCUCCAUGAGUUUUUAGUUAUGAGAUCUCCCCAUUCUGAUGUUGGCAGCACUGAUGAUGACAAGACAGUAAAAUCAGCUCUGGAACCAGCAGAUUUUUUUCACAUUGUGACUCAGGUAGCUGCGGGAAUGGAAUACCUCUCAAGUCAUCAUAUCGUUCACAAGGAUUUAGCCACCAGAAAUAUAUUGGUAUUUGAUAAGCUUAAUGUGAAAAUAUCUGAUUUAGGCCUUUUCAGGGAAGUUUACUCUGCUGAUUACUAUAAACUCAUGGGAAAUUCCCUUCUUCCUAUCCGAUGGAUGUCCCCUGAGGCUAUCAUGUAUGGCAAAUUUUCUGUUGAUUCAGAUAUUUGGUCCUAUGGAGUUGUGCUGUGGGAAAUUUUCAGCUAUGGCCUGCAGCCUUACUGUGGUUAUUCUAACCAGGAUGUCAUUGAAAUGAUAAGGAAUCGACAGGUUUUGCCAUGUCCAGACGACUGCCCCACAUGGAUAUACACUUUGAUGUUGGAAUGUUGGAAUGAAUUCCCCAACAGAAGACCCAGAUUUAAAGAUAUUCACAAUAGACUAAGAACAUGGGGAAACAUUUCUAAUUACAACAGCUCAGCACAAACCUCUGGGGCAAGCAACACAACACAAACAAGUUCUCUCAGCACAAGUCCUGUUAGUAAUAUCAGCAAUGCUAGGUACGUUGGACCAAAGCAGAAAACUCAGGCUUUCCCUCAACCACAGUUCAUACCAAUGAAAGGGCAGAUCAGACCAAUGGUCCCACCUCCACAGCUCUACAUUCCUGUCAAUGGUUAUCAACCGAUGCCAGCGUAUGGUGCCUACUUGCCAAAUUUUUACCCGGUCCAAAUCCCAAUGCAAAUGGCUCCACAGCAAAUGCCUCCACAGAUGAUUCCAAAACCGGGCUCCCAUCACAGUGGGAGUGGUUCUACCAGCACAGGCUAUGUAACAACAGCACCCUCCAAUGCAUCUGUGGCAGACAGGGCUGCUCUGCUCUCAGAGGGUACAGAUGAUACACAUAAUGGAGCAGAAGAUAUAGCCCAGAAACCUGUCCAGGAAGAAGAGGAGGAGGAGGGUUCUGUACCAGAAACAGAAUUACUGGGGGAUAAUGACACUCUUCAGAUGGAUGAAGCAGAGAUUCAAUCAGAAGCCUAAUGAAAUUGGACUCACUACUAAGAGAAAGUUUCACAUCACUUCAGUGCAGUUGGAGACUGUAGUCCCUUUGACUUAAGAUCAGUCAAUUUGAUCUGACUUUUUAGCCCCAAUUGACCAAACUUAAAAAUAAAAUCAAAUGCAGCAGUAAUGAUAUAUCAAGUUUAUUGAUCAUUGCAAAAAUCUGAUGGUAACAAACAUGAUGGUAUAGAAUUGCUGUUUCUAAUUUUUUAAUUGACUACCGUUCUUGAGGGAGGCUGCUUUACUAUAAUGUACUGUUGCUGUGCAACAUAUUGCGGAGUAGCAUUGCACAUCAUGUAUAUCAUGAUCUGUGAUUGUAAUUUUAGUGAAUUAUGCUUAAGUCAAUAACAGAAAAAGGAAUCAAACUGCAAUAGCACGCAGGAUUGCUCUGAGUGUGAAGAAGUGCCCUGGAUGUGAUGGACAGCUUAGCAUAUAGUAUUUAUCUCUUUGAUAUAAUGAACAAGAGAUUGUAUGUUUAUUUUUUAAAUCGGAAAAAAAAAGUUAAGAAUAUUGUUCCAUGUUUGUAUUACAAUAGGCAGAAAAUUAGGGAAACGGGACAUAACGUGAGAAAAGCGAGAAUGUCUUUCUUACAUUACUCCCAUGACUAUGGCAGAAACUUCCAAUGAGAUCAGUUGAUUUCCUCUGUGAAUGAGUUCCUUCACUGCUGCAUAUUUUUAGCAGCAACUAGCCGUAAUACAUUGUUAACCAAAAGCAGACACAUGGAAGGCUGUGCACUAACUUAACAAUCCAACUUAUGUUGCAUGUUGGUUGUCAAGUACAGAAAAGGGCUUAAGAUACACGUUUCUACAUUUAAAAAGUUUUUUGCAGGGUUCUGAACUCACCUGAUUUUAGUGAGGAUAGUGCUAGAUUGCAUGUAAAACCUUGUUAGUUUCCUGCCUUCUUAGUGAAAAUGGAUUUUUGAAUUUUAGAAGACCAAAAUAAGCAGUAUUGUACAGGAUGCUGUUUUUGUGCUUCUUCUUGCAAGAUGAAUCAUGUACAGAUCUUUAAAUGUAAUUUAUGUUUUAUUACAUUUUAUAUACCUUUUUCAUUUAAGUAUUUUGAUCUUUGAAGAAAAGGCUUUAUAAUUUAAUCGUUUACAUUAUCCACUUGGGAUGCAGUUUUAUUGUAUUUUUUUGGGUUCAUUUUGUAAAAUAUAUAAGCAGGUCCAUACAUUUCAUGACUGUUUCUGUAAUAUACACACACACACACACACACACACACUGUAGUAUUGUAAUAGCCAACACACAGUAUAGUAAUAAAUUGUAAAUUCAACAUGGAAUAUCCAAUAAAGUGAUGCAAAACGUUUGAUUAAGUAAGUUAUCAUUACAGUUCCUACAGAAGUUAUUUUUGUUACAACACUUUGUGAAAUGAAGUACACUGUAGAAGUGGAAAUUGCCAAAGUUCCUCAUGGUUACAGCUUUUGUAUGAACUACUACACUUAAUUAUGAACUACUAUUAUACUCAAUUUGGAUUUACUUACAAGGUGUGCAUCAUUGUAACCGAUAGCCUAUGUCACUGGUGUGGCAGCUUUACUGGUUUCUCGCUUUUCACCUGGACUUGGAAAUGCACUGGUAGAAAAACAAUGAAAAAGCUCUAUUGCUUUUUGUUAAUGUAAGGCGGCUUUGGAUGCUAUUAAUAAAACAUUAUAAAUAUU